UAUGUUUUUUUAUAAAAAAAUAAACAGUGUGUUUGUUGCUUUAUUUAACAAAAUUAUAUUCAAAACAUUGAGUUAUUAGUCGAAAUGGAAGAAUUAAAAGAUGAAGCCAUUCAUCACACAGCACUUAAGUUAGCAGAAGAGAUAAAAAACCUAUCAAUAUACAAAUCAUUUUACAGUGACGUUCAGAAAUUAGUAUCUUCAACAAAUGUUAAAAAAGAAGACUUCAAACAAACUUUACAACAAGCAAUGAAAGAAAAAGGAUUGGAUACAAAGUUAAGAAACACAGUGUAUCAUUGGGUGAGAACUCAGUCUAAGCAAAAUAAAUUGGACCCUUUAACUUCUUUACAAAAAGCCAGUGCUCAGUGAAAAAGGAUACACAAGUCGUUAAAUUCAAUGUGUUCUGAUUUAGAGACUUCUUUAGCAAAAAUAAGGCCCCAAAGUGAACAGGAUGAACUUUCAGACAAGUGGAACGAACUUAGCACUUACACUUUAGAUUUAUCGAAAUAUAGACCAGUUUAUGCACCAAAAGACUUUUUAGAAGUAUUACUAACACUUUCCGGAUAUGUUCCUUUUACAAGAGAAGAUGAACCUAAAUGGGAAUUUGCGCAUUUACCUCUCCAAGUGAAGACGUUGGAUGAAUUGAGAAAAGUUUAUCCUGAAUGGUCGUCCGGCGAGCCUCUGCUCGGCGUGAACCCGGCCAUGCCGAGUCAAGUGCCAGGGUUCGCGACCUUGGAAGCGGAGCGCGUAGGGCUUGGGGAGCGCGUGGCAGCCCUGGCGUACGCCCCGGUGGUACAGGAGUACCUGAAGAAGGGCAGUCCGCAGUCGCUGCGGGCGACGCUGUGGUCGCUGGUACUGGGUUCUGAUGUUAGAAAACAGCAAACAACGGCAUUCAACCAACUGAAAGCGAGCGUCCUGGAGAUAGAUCUGAUGAUUGACAAGCUUAUCUUCAAAGACGUGCAGCUCACUGCUUCCAACGACGACCAGUACUUUGUGUUCGAGGACCUCUUAUACCAGGUGAUGCUGUGUUUCUCGCGCGACUGCGGCGUGCGGACCGCGCUGGCGGACGCGGGGUGCGCGGGCGCGCCGCUGACGGUGGCCGUGCGCGGCCGCCACGCGCCGGCCGAUCGCCUCAUCGCCUUCCCGCCGAGCGGCGUCAUACCUUUUCAUGGGUUUUCUAUGUAUGCGACGCCAUUCUGUUAUCUGUAUGACGACCCAGUACAGCUGUAUUACACGUUCCGAGCGUUCUACAUUCGCUACUGGCAUCGACUACAUUGCAUUUCGACUCAUCCACAGAGUAUUGUUUCAUUGUGUCUGCUGUAUGAAAGGCUUCUGGAAGCAAAUGAGCCGCUUCUAUGGAUACAUUUUCGAAAUAUUAAUAUAAAUCCUAUAAGGGUAGUCUUCAAAUGGCUAAUGCGCGCCUUCAGUGGCCACUUGCCGCCCGACCAACUACUCUUGCUGUGGGACGCCAUACUUGGGUAUGAUUCACUCGAAAUCCUCCCACUUUUAGCGCUGGCAAUACUGAGCUUUCGAAAGGAAAACAUCUUUCAAGUGAAUACGCUGCAGAACGUGGACGCAGUACUGGCCGAUUUGUCAACGAUUUCGGUGAUUCCGCUUUUGCAGUUGGCACUCAUGAAACCCUAGCAGCCAGUGUUUCUAUAUAAAUAAUUUAGUUUUUUUAAUGUAAAAGCUGUAACAGACAGUCGUAUCGGAUUACGAAUUCAUUUCGGUCGGUCUAAUCGUAUAUGGAAGGUGGGCCGCCGUACAACCUGUUCAGUGUGCGAUCGCGGUCCGGGCGAUCGUCUGCUAUGGAUUUAAAGUUUAUUAGGAAUUGAAGUUUUUUGAGUAGUUUGAAGUAGACAUGUUAUUGUAACUUGUUCAUGUUUUGUUAUACAGUUACAUGUUGGGUUUGUGCAAUACUAAUGUUUUUUCUAGAAUCAACAAUAAACCAGACUUUACAUUUUUUGAAAGUGAAAUGUUCUUAAUAUUUCUGUACCUGAAUUUAUGCAAGUUAUCUCUACAUAGAACUAGUUUGGUACACAUUUUCACUUUCCACGGCAUAAGCGUUAUCAGUUUUGUAACUUUACAGGCUAUAAAACAAUUGAUUAAAGAAUAAAUAAGCA